CGGCGGACCGGCGGCCCCGGUUCUCCGCCCGCCUGCGUCGCCUAGGCCCUGCCGCCGCGCUCCAGCCCUGCCCUCCAUUCCCGUCCGGCCGUGGGUGUUGAGUGCGUCCUUGUCAAGCUGCAUGUGACCCGGAUGGCGUGUUUUGUUCUGGUGUGGGCGUUUUGAGCCGGAAGAAUUCAAGUUUUUAACGCUCAGAUGUUACUCUCAAGGCCUUUGGCUCUGAGCCGGGGCCCCUCCAAGAUUGGCUUUAAUAUAAACCGCUGUUUUCCUCUCGUGCUUAUGAGACGGUGGCUCCAUCUGGAAUCUGUUCUGGCGUGGGGCGAGUUGGGAAUCUAGCAGCAGUUUUUUCCCUAAAUCCUGAUAUGUCUGGCACUCUACCUGUUGAAUAACUAUCUUUCCAUUGACUUGGAAAACCACCGUUGUCCUGUGUCAGAUUCUUUCUGUCCCGGCCCAUUCCUGGGACUCGCGGUGUUUUGAUGUGCAUAAGGGUUGGAUUUUCAUGCAGAUCGGUGCCCCACCCCGCGGGCUUUCUGCUUUUGGUUUUUUGCUGAGAAAGGCCUUUCCCGUCUAAAGUGAUAAAAAUUUACCUGUACUUUUAUUCAAGUUCUUUUUGUGAGGUAAUUUUAAAAUUUAUGUCUUAUUCGUUAGCUGAAAGGAUUCAUUCCACUUUUGGCUUAUGGGAUGAAAAUGAUCUAAUUUUAUCUGUGUUUUUGCUCAACUCUCUGGGAGGCUGGUUGAGCUUUGUGCAAAGGUCCACUUUUAUUUGUUUGUUUGUUUUUAAUGAGGUGUAGUCACUUUACCAUGCUGUGUCAAUUUCUGGUGCACAGCACAAUGCUUCAAUCAUACAGGAACACACAUAUAUUCCACUUUUAGACCAUUGUCCAGUUCUGCUUAUUGGCCGACCUUCCCGAAAUUUGACAGCCUGGCCUGUCUCCUUGUGUUUACAGAUGUGGCCCUGCUCUGCCCCUCUGGUCCUGGCCCUCUUGGCUUUUGGCAUGGCUUUGUGGACACGGGGGCAGAAUUAACAUCUUAUUUCUCGUGUUUAUUUUAAGCUUGUUUCCUGUUGCUCUUGUGAACAGAACCUUUUUCCCUGUGUGUUUCCUGACUCCAUGUUGCUGGCGCGUAGGAAAGCUGCUUGGAUGCACAUCUGUGGUCAUUUGCUUCGGAAGGUGGCAGGGUUGUGCUUUGUUCUUUCAGUUGGUUCAGAACUGCAUCUUUGGAAGGUGCUUCCACCUGGAGCGUUGGGCUCCAUGGCGAUGAAGGAGGCAGUGGGCAUUGGAGCUGGAAAACCUGGGGUGAGGAUAGGGAGGAGGAGGGAGGGGACUGGGAGUGUGCCUGUCACAGCCUGUCACUGUGGGCUGGGUCUUGGGAAGGACAGGCAUGAUUUUACAUCAAGAUCAUCAGUAAUUCCAUCAAGAGUGCUAAGUUCCUAUAGCUUAGCUUACAAAACAAAAUAGUAAUAAUAAAGGUAAAUUCUAAGUUGUGUUUCUGCAGUCCCGUUUUUAGUUCCUGUGAGUCAGAGCGUCUCACUGCAGUGUGACCACUGGUGCAGAGGACGUUGAUCUGUUUCGGUUUGGUUUGGGUUAUUUCCUGGGGAAUCUCCAAAAACAAAAAUCCUGCAUCUGAAGACUGACCCUGAGCUGUGGGUGGGCGGGCACCUCUGGGCUGGGUGCUUUUUGUACUUGCCCCGUGUUGGGGGUAGCGUGUCCUGCAGUAGAUGUUCACCUGGUGCUUGCUGCUGCUCUAGAGGAAGUGAUGUAUGGUCUCACUGCUCCUUUAGUUUCAUUCACUUACUCCGCAAACGUUGAGCUGCUGUCUGCUCUGCUGUGAACUGAGUGAGGCAGAGGCCUCCCAGGGGGUUCAGGAAGGGCUUCGGCGAGAGGGCGUCAUGGCCAGAUGUCAGCCAGUGGGCAGGAGCCACCCAGCAGAGGGGAGGCCUGGGCAGGGGCUGGAGGACAGUCACUGUGUUCCCUCGGUAGGGCCGGGCAGGACCACUCUGCCACGGGGCCAGGUCCUUGGCGCACACGGAGGCUGGAUCAGGACUGGGUCCCACAGGCUCCUCCAAUUUCCAUCUUCCUCGAAGACCCCAGGGGACCAGGUGAUGGCAGCGGCCGGGCUCCUGCCGCCACUGGCGGGACCCCAGGCCAAGGUGACCUUCGAGGACGUGGCUGUGCUCCUCUCCCAGGAGGAGUGGGAUCGCCUGGGCCCUGCUCAGAGGGGCCUCUACCGACAUGUGAUGAUGGAAACCUACGGGAACGUGGUCUCCCUGGGACUUCCAGGAUCCAAGCCCAGGGUGAUCUCCCAGCUGGAGCGAGGAGAAGAGCCGUGGGUCCUGGACAGGCAGGGGGCAGAGGAGCACAGGGGCCUGGGCAGCGAGCACUCAGGCGGCCUCACGUGUGACCACAUGACGGCUUGUGUGCAUCAAGACAGUUCAUCCUGUCCAUGGGGAUGUGAAAACAAGGAGCAGAACCAAGAUGGAGACUUGAGCCUGAGGCCGCUCACCCCAGAGGAAACAGCGAUUGUGGGGCGAGCCCCAGCCAAGUGGGCGGAGGAGGGAGGUUGUAAACCUGAGCAGAGCCUCUGCCCGAGCCCUGGCCCUGCCGCGCCCCCCGAAGGCCAGGCCCCAAGGCCCUACAGGUGCGUGGAGUGCGGCAAGUGCUUUGGUCGGAGCUCCCACCUCCUCCAGCAUCAGAGGACCCACACCGGGGAGAAGCCCUAUGUGUGCGGCGUGUGUGGCAAGGCCUUCAGCCAGAGCUCCGUGCUCAGCAAGCACCGGAGGAUCCAUACAGGCGAGAAGCCAUACGAGUGUGACGAGUGCGGAAAGGCCUUCCGGGUGAGCUCGGACCUUGCCCAGCACCACAAGAUCCACACGGGUGAGAAGCCGCACGAGUGUCUUGAGUGUGGCAAGGCCUUCACUCAGCUCUCGCACCUCAUCCAGCACCAGCGCAUCCACACAGGCGAGAGGCCCUACGUGUGCCCACUGUGCGGCAAGGCCUUCAACCACAGCACCGUCCUGCGGAGCCACCAGCGCGUGCACACCGGGGAGAAGCCGCACGAGUGUGGGGAGUGUGGCCGCGCCUUCAGCGUGAAGAGGACGCUCCUCCAGCAUCAGCGGGUCCACACUGGGGAGAAGCCCUACACCUGCAGUGAGUGCGGCCGCGCCUUCAGCGACCGCUCUGUCCUCAUCCAACACCACAACGUGCACAGUGGGGAGAAGCCCUAUGAGUGCGGCCAGUGCGGCAAGGCCUUCAGCCACCGCUCCACCCUCAUGAACCACGAGCGUAUCCACACCGAGGAGAAGCCCUACGGCUGCUACGCAUGCGGCAAGGCCUUCGUGCAGCACUCCCACCUGACGCAGCACCAGCGCGUGCACACCGGCGAGAAGCCCUACGUGUGCAGCGAGUGCGGACACGCCUUCAGCGCCCGCAGGUCCCUGGUUCAGCACGAGAGGAUCCACACAGGCGAGAGGCCCUUCCGCUGCGCGCAGUGCGGCAAGACUUUCAGCCUGAAGGCCACGCUGAUCGUGCACCUGCGGACCCACACGGGCGAGAGGCCCUACGAGUGCAGCCGCUGCGGCAAGGCCUUCAGCCAGUACUCCGUGCUGGUCCAGCACCAGCGCAUCCACACGGGCGAGAGGCCCUACGAGUGCGGGGAGUGCGGGCGCGCCUUCAACCAGCACGGGCACCUGAUCCAGCACCAGAAGGUGCACCAGAAGCUGUGAGCUCGGCCACCCGGGGGGCCCCACUCAGAACCCCGGCCCAGGCCCGGAGCCCCCAGCCCCUCCCCGGGAAGCCCUUCUUGGGUGAGUCGGUGUCGCAGAGACUCAGGCUGGGGAAGCACUGGCCCUGUUGUCUCUGCGGAAGCUUGAGGGGAUGCCUCUUGUGUUUUUCAACAUCCUGAAGCUGCACUACAGAGUAGUCACCCCUUGGUAGCCAAUUUUGGUUAAGACAGCUAUAGUUCAUUGUUCAGUAUUACUUAACUGGAAGUGAGAAACUACAGGAAGUUAAGGCAUACGGAUGGCUGUCACAACACAACUUCCUUACACCUCAGAGUUUUUUUUUCUUAGAACAUUAUGACUGUUAGAAUUAUUGGACCUAAAGCUAGAAUGUGGGCCUAUUUUCAGUGUUAUGUUAAACACUAAAGUGCUGUGUGGAUAAGAUGACGUAAAAAAAAGAUUGUCACCACAUGUCAUGUAAUACGGCUAGAAAUCCUAAGUGUGUGGAACCACUUGUUUUCUAUGAAAAAGGGGGACAGUGUCAAGAUUAAUCAGUGAGAAGUGAUGUAAACUUAGCUCUUUACCUGGUGCUUUAACUUUAUCCAAGAUCAGAGGGAUGUCCUAACUUACGCAUGAAAAUUUAAAUCAAAAAUGGGUCUUUUUCUCAAAACUCAUCGUGACCUGCAGACCCUGUGUGCAUAGUCGUGGGAUGUGCGGGCUUCUGGGCCCACGUGCACACAGGAGGGGCCGGCACACUCAGACACUGGGCCUCACAGCUGCUGCACCGACCAGGUGCCUUGAGACGUUACGGUGUUUCCCAAAAAUGUUACUGAAAAGACAGUUCUUCAGCACAUACUUUUUAAAACAUAAAAUUCUCAAAUUCAAAUAGCUGUUUUUGUUUGUUUUUACUAUUUCUAACAUUUCUAUCCCUAUGUUUGAAGGUUUUAUUUCACUUUUUUACCCCUAGUUCCAAGAGUCUCGUACCUAGUGUCAUAUGCUGUGAUGAACCUGGUUUUCUCAUAAUUUUCCUGAGUUUUUUUUUUUUCUCUCUAUGGAGAACAUUAUUGGCUUCUUAGGUAAAAUUAAGCAGUAGCGUAUGGAGCUCUUAAGUCCACAGCACUGCACUGCAGUGCAGACGGACGCUUGUUGUCUCCUGUGUGUUUCACACCACAGAUGACCUCACUCUGGUGUUUUACACCAGAGAUGACCUCACAGGGAAGUGCCCACCUUUGCUGACUGAGUCCACGGCUGGCAUCUGACUGGAUGCUGCUCGGAGCCACUCCUCAGGCAUAAGUCCUACCCGUGUGGAAGAACUAAGAGUAAGAAACAGUCCUGUUCCAGUCAGGAUGAGAACAAGAGGUCAGUUAAUUUCAGUGUACAGAAAUGCACACUGGGAAAGGCCGUCUGUGUAUCACAGUACAAGUCACUCUGAUUGCCACGUCCUCCAGUAACCUGGGGUUUUGAGGGAACUCUUUCCAAAAUGUACAGUUUGCUUUCCCACCUUCUCCAGUGACAUGUCCUGAGUUAUCAUUCUGCCCUUUCCUGCGGUCAGCUGCCGUUGACCCAGGAGGGCAGCUCUAGGGCCCUCUCCCUGGGGAGGACCCCUGGAACAUGCAUUUUUGCCCAAGAAGCAGGAGUAGCACACGGCCCGCUGGGACCCAUGGGCGGUCUGAAGUGGCUUCAUAGACCAGAAUGACCUUUGGGGACCCCUCACCCUGACACCAGCCUUCUCAGCGUUUUCUCCCGUCUCUGACUUGUCAGCAGAAUUCCGUACUUGCUUUGGACUUUUUAUUUUGAAGCCUUUACGUUUUGUAUACUUAUUUUAUAAUAAUUUAUAAUAAUAUUUGUAUUAUUUCUCCUUAUGGCUACCAAGAAUCUGACACUCAGUUCUCUUCAAAUUUUCUAUUAUUUGUGAGAUAUUUUAGGCCACCGGGACUUUGGUGUACUGUGUAUAAUCUGACAUAUUUUCCAAUAAAAGAGCAACGCGUGGAACACG